CGCCAUGGUAGGGAUUCCCCGCGCAUUCUCAAUCCCUAGCCCCCAAUUUCCCGCCAAUAUAAGAUCCUUGUCUCCUCCGGCGAUCGCCGCAGCCCUGAACCCUCACAGGAUGCCGAGGAAAGCAGCUCGUGGCGUCGCCGCCGCCAGCAAGAAAGUAGAACCCACCCCGCCCGCCGCCAAAAAGAAAUCCACGGCCGCCGCCGGCAAGAAAGCCGCGCCCACCGCCGCCAAGAAAGCAGCGCCCGCCGCAAGCAAGUACUGGCUGCUGAAGACGGAGCCGGGGGAGUGGUCGUGGACCGACCAGGCGGGCGCGCCGGGGGGCGUCGGGCCGUGGGACGGCGUGCGCAACCACCAGGCCAUGAACAACCUCCGCGCGAUGCGCCGCGGCGACCGCUGCCUCUUCUACCACUCGGGCGCGGGCGCCGCGUCCCGGCGCGUGGUGGGCGUCGUGGAGGUCGCCAGGGAGUGGUACGAGGGAGAGGAGGGGGAGGCGACGGCCGGCGGCGCCGUGGACGUGCGGGCCGUCGGGGAGUUCCAGAGGCCCGUGGCGCUCGGGGAGAUCAAGAAGGCGGCCGCGGCCGGGGAGGUGGAGGGGAUGAAGGACUUCGCGCUGAUCCGCCAGGCCCGGCUGUCGGUGAUGCCCGUGCCGGUGGCGGUCUGGGACUGGAUUUGUGAGACGGGUGGUGGCUUUGUGGAAGACGGUGAGGUGGGAGACGACGAAGCUUCUUCUGGUUGAUGAUGCUCUGAACUCUGAAGAUGCAGGUGACAUAUGCAGUUGGAAGCAUCAUUUUGCGGUGUCUUUUGCCCUGCAACUGCGUGAGAUGGCAUUUCAGAGGAGCAUUUCAGUGACAUUUUGUGUAUCCUCAUCUAGCGUUUGCCGUCUCUGCACCGUGGUGUGACCAAGCGUGUAUCCUCUACCUAGUCGAUGUUGCCAUGUCGCAAGAACAGUUGUUAUCGUAGGGGGGCUUUGAGAUCUAUCAAGAAGUCGAAUGCUGUUCUUUGUGGCUGUAUGGAUAUGCUGCUCACUGAAUUUUCGAGCAGGUGGUUUCAUUCUUUUUAUGUCAUGGCACUCAUUUAUGGUUU